AUGACCUUACUCUUGUUCUCAGUGGGUGUUGCGACGGUCAUGGUCAUGGUGCUGUGGUUCGCGCAACGAACGGGCACUCCGCCCCAAGUGUGUGGUCAGUCGCAAAAUCCUCUGAAACCAAAUCCGGUGAUCGAAAGUCUCGCCACAGAGCUAUCGGAUGUCGUGUUAUUGCGUGGUAACACAGAAGCCUUUGACAAGUCCAUCGAGGGCUAUUGGGCGCAGCAGGAACGCGAAGUAACGCAGGCGGCUAUUGUGCAGCCACACAAUGCUAGUGAGUUGGCUAAAGUGGUUGCUUUUCUUAGAAGGGAGUAUGACAUGCAAUGCUUGCAUAAGGAAAAACAGUUUGACGAUGUAUUGUUCGCUAUAAGAGGUGGUGGUCGGUCUCCCGUUACUGGUAGUGCAAGUGCUAGCGGGGAGGUUAGUGUCGGCGUCGGAUGCCAGUGGAUUGAUGUCUCACGGAUCUUGGAUGAGGAGGGGUUGAAUGUCGUGGGAGGCAGAAGCUCUGAGUCCUUUCAACUUCCUGUGGAUUUGACAUUGACCGUUUAUGCAGAAGAUAUCUGUUUCUUUACACCUCAAUUUGGUCUCGGAUGCUCGAAUGUCUUGGAAUACGAAGUGGUUCUCGCAUCUGGGGAGAUAAUCACGGCAACUGCAUCCUCCUAUCCCGAUAUUUCGAAAGCUCUGAAAGGCGGCUCAGACAAUUUCUGUGUCGUGACGCGCUUUACAUUACGAUGCUUUCCGUCCACUGAUAUAUGGUUUGGAUUUAUACACGCCCCAGGCUCUCAGUCAACAAAGGCACUAACUGCCGUCCACGAGGCUGCCAGGCGUGCUGACUCCAAGAUGAAUGGUACAGAUGCCGAUCCUUAUGCCGCAGGAGCCAUCACCUGCUUUAACUACGUCCAAGCGAUGGGAAUUCGAGUGAUAUCAGUUUAUCUUGGCUACACCAAAGUACCGGAAAUAUCUGGACAAUGGCCGAAGUCGGGGUAUGCAAAGCUCUGGCGCUACUGGAGCGAUUUCAAAAUUCACAGUCAGACUUCUGCCUCGAACGUAAUAAGCAGCACUUCUCCAGCAGGCCAACGAUGGCCCUUUGCUACGACAACUAUCAAGAAUGAUCUGUCCACUAUUAUGGCCACCUACGCUAUCUUCGAUGAUUCUAUUGCCACGCUGCCUAAGAUCAAAGGGUUCUUCUACACACUUAACAUGCAGCCGCUUCUACCCUCCUGGGUUAAAAAAGGCGAACCAAGCAUACCAGGAAUAUCCGAAAGCACCAGCGAUGCGCUCAUCAUAGUUAGCUUCUCGUUGCGUUGGGACCGAGCAGAGGAUGACAGCCAGGUAUCCAACACGAUACGAAAAGUCAUCGAGUGCAUUGAUGCAGCUGCCACAGAGAAAGGAAUUAGCCACCCAUAUCGCUACUUGAAUUAUUGUGCCAAUUGUCAAAGACCGUUGGAAGGAUACGGAGAGAAGAACUUCAAUUUUCUGAGGGAUGUCAGCAGAGCAUACGAUCCGGACGGGCUAUUCCAGAGAGGCUGUCGAGGGGGUUUCAAACUGGAGUCCACCAUAUAG